GAAAAGAAGGAUUGCAAGUAACACUGCAUGGCUGAUUGUGAAAAUUUUUUACAGUCUCGAUAGUAUCAAGAAAGAAGAACAAGACCGCUACUUACAAGAACGAAAGCACAGAAAUGUCAGCAAAGAUUUAACAGUCUCGAUAGGAUCAAGAAAGAAGAAGACCGCAAGAACGAAAGCACAGAAAUGUCAGCAAAGAGUUCGAACCCUCCCUAUGGAGGGUCAAAUCCUGUGUUGCAUGGAGGUCCAGUGCUCAGGUCUCGGACCAACAGUAACGGUUCCAAAAGUGAAGCGAAGGCAGAGCUGUUGCAGGAGCUUCUCAAAGAGUCAGUGGAUCUGUGUCAAGGAGGUAGUUUGGCCUUCCUUUAGUAUCCUUGGUAUUUUGUAUCCUGUUUCACGCGACUCGGAUUUCUGCACUCAAGAAAGCAACCGUGAUUUUAGUCCAAAUUUAUUUUACGUAGUCCUUCCCUAAUUCAGUGUGUGCGUUUAAGAUUAGUCCUUCUAAAUGCGAGGUAAGUGAAGUUAAAUAACCUACAAUCUAAUUCAUACUCCAUUAUUUUACGUAGUCCACUUUUUCCACACAAUUCGUUAUAAACCGGAGAUACUAUUAACACGACUCUGACAUCAUCUGGAGAACAUCUUUUAAUUACAAUUCGUUAUAUACUCUUCGUAGGGUAGAAGUCGUCAGGGAAAUCUUAGGCAAGUCGCCGAGUAUAUUCGCAUCAUCGUGAUAAACUCUUCGCAGGGCGUCUAACCACCAAGAACGCCUUCGCGAUAUCCCUCUUAGACCGGUUGGCUGAAGUUCUCCGGAGACAUGCUGGUCUGCCGGAGUCAGAUCUUGCGACAGGUGCAUACCUGCUGGAAGCAGCAUCGAAGUUAUGAUUCUAGGCUACCUCGUGCUAGGUAAAUGAAUGAAUGAAUCACCAGAAGGCGUUGCGUCUUCGUAUAGAAUCAUGGCCAUGGUGGACAGUGUGUUCCAUCAGAGCGGUAUCACCUUCCAGCAGGUAGAUAAGUACUCCUUUACUGGUUGGCCUCACGAGUAGACACUAAUAGCUACAUAAGAGGUACCAUGACAUGACAAGCAGCUUCAUAUAUCAACUUGCAGAAUAGUCUGACUCCCUCUUCUAAGCACAAUUUACGGUUAUCGAGUAGAUUCGGUCAUGCAGUUGCUGGUCCGCGUCCUGAACCACUUGUGGGACCUGCGCCAGGAGACGGGAAAUCUUGAUGGUAUAAUCUAAUGUUUUUUUAUUUCGGUUGUACAUUUCGCCACGACAGAAUUAACAGCGUUUUCAGGAAUUCCAUGAAAUGGCAGUAGUAUAUUCGAACACGAAGAUCAACAUUAUAGGUGCUAAUCUUUUCUUGUUUUUUUUAAGAUAUUUGGAAGUGACAACGUUAUCAUUUUUAGGAACUCGAUGAAAUCGCAGUAGUAUAUUCGAACCCCAUCUAGGUACCACACCCCUUCGUUCCGAAGACCAUAUCGACCGGACUGAGUCGACUUUAUUUGCAAAAGACGCGUGGUUUGGACAGUCUGCGGAAAGGCAUGAUCCUCUGGAAGGCUGCUUAGACAGUGCGCAUUUUGACCGGCACUUGUUGAUCAGAUUACAAACAGAUUCAGAAUGUAGACCGAUGUUGUUGAAGAGACAGCGGCGGGAAAGGUGUUGUGAAGUGGAGGAAGGUGUGGAGCAAGGUGGUGGUGCUGUGGCGGGAGGAGGCAGUGGGGGUCAUUUUAUGUUUGGUUUUGAUUCACUGACAUGCUGAGUUUUGUGGUUUCUCCCGUUCAUCACGUUGGCGUGUGACGUCUGGGGAACAAAAAUUCUAGCUAGUACGUACUAGGAGUCGUGCAUCCAUCACCUUAGCUGCUCAUCGUACCUCUAAUCACGCAGUGAUCAUUGAGCGACAAGUGCGUACUUGGCUGACGAAAUACGCAGACACGAUGGAAACGAAAGAUCCUGCGAUCCUCCCGUUCCUCAAAGAGUACCGACGCUCCUGUGGCAUAGGUGGUGAUGGGCAAGGGCUGUCUGUGGCCAAGAAGAUGAACAAUGACAGGCAGAAUGUUAUGCUACAGGAUAAUUCUUGACUCAUGUAACUUUGGUCGGACCAAUGUUAAAGUCGCGUAAAAACAUAAUAUUAACAGGCAAAUCUAGGUCACAACAUGGAAGGCUUUUUAUUCAAGAUCCUAGAAAGUACUUAUGUAGUUGUGACCUCACCUGCGCAAUUCAGCAUCCUGCUCCAUCACCGUUCAUAAAACCCGGCGAAGAUGUCGAUGAAGACGUUGAUGUUGCUGCUGGCGCUGGCUUUGUCAACCUCCACGAUGUAAUGCAGGACCGCGACAAGCUGGAGAGACUCCAAGGUGUCAACGAUGGGGACUCUACCUCAAUGCAAUCGCAGUUCGUGCAGAAACGGAAUAGGAAGACCAGUCGAAGCUGUAGCUUGUGGGAUUCUGGUACGAAAACUUCGAAUGGAGAGGAUGGACUAGUAGCGCGGCAAGGGGAGAAGGGUUUUCAUCUCACAACGCGGGAUCAACACGAUGAAGUCGAUCUUCUGAUGAGCAAUAUCGAAGAUUCUUCUCAUGGAUUGCCGUUUUCGAGCAAAAAGGCUAAGCCGUUGAGAACUUCCAUGUUGGGAGAAAAUAGUACUGACCACGUUGAUGACGUCUUUGUUGGCCAGGGGGAUUUACUUGAGGGUGUCGAAAAGCCACAACAGCAACAAACUAGUCACAACAAGGAUGAGUUCCUCUUCACGCCACCAGCUACACCACCACCACGUCCUUGCAAGGACUUUUCGCCUGAAUUGCACUACACGCGCAUUUUCGCCGCUGCUGACGAUGCUGAUGAGGUGAAAACAAAGCGCCGAUUCUCGUUUAGUGAGCAGGAGAUGGAUUUAUACGAGCAAGAACGUUCUUCAUCUUCUUUUGGAGGUGUACUUGGAGGUUCGAAUUUGUUUGGAGACGAUGAGAACUGCAGUAGUAAUACCAGUAAGCAGCUUCCAACGACGUUGAACGGUUUGAAGAAUUUGUUUCCAGGAGAAAAUUGGUGUGAUCCCACUGCAGGACGAGUUGUCGUCGAAAACGAAGAUCAUGAUCUUGGGCUGGGCAUACUUUCAUCCACUUCUGGAGGAGGAGGCCUUCAAUUUUUAGCCGAUCUGUUACCGACUGCUGCGAAGAUCGAUCACGAAGGUGGAGUAGGUGGCUGUGACGCAAUGAACCACGAUAUCAUGGAUUGUGCAGUUGCAGCUGAUCUAGAAGACGUACAACAAGAACUCCCUGCUCAACAUGUUGUGGGAUUUGCCACACCACCUGGCUCACCUAGUAAGCAGUGUCUUGUUCCCGGGACCGCUACCGAUUUCGCCUCAACGCGACUUCCCAGUACUGGCGGUUUUGCGGUACUAUCUGCUGGGGGACCAUCACCGGACUACGAUCCCCGCUCAUCGUUGUUGCGGGAAGUCGAGGGCAUAAGAUUGGAUACGAAAGACUUCGAGAAUGCUGAUCUUGAAGAUGUCUUAGAUCCAUUAUCAGGUACUAAAGCAGACCACAACGAGAACGCUGUACCUGGAGUAAAUACGACAAGUCCUCGUCUUAGUGAUAUGCUUUUGGGGAAUGCAAAGACCGAGGACAAGAACGACAAUGCAGUGGAUGUUGAAGCACCUAUCGACAUCGAGGAACCCUUCAUUCCGAUGGACGUGGUCGAUGAUGGCUUUGAUCAUAACGAGUUCACGUUCGGUGAUAUGGGUGGCGACCUGGUGAAAGACGGGAGUGGCGAGAAAGAUUUAAGGGUGACUCGCAGGUAGGUUUUGACUUAUCGGAACUCGCUCGCACUACAAAAAAAAAGAUGACGAAGUUGUAAAUUGAAGUGUAAUCAUGUUGUUGAGGCAAGGUUAAAACAGUCUAGAUUAAAAACCAGUAUUGUCGUCCUCUUAGAAUCUGCUCUAAACGGAGUCGUAAUCGAGAAAGUAACAACGCCUCUCGCAACACCGGUGAAGCCCAAGAAGAUGAAAAAGAAGGCGCGUGGGGCAGCACGAAAGGGCUCUAGCAAGGUCAAAAUGCUUGACGACGAUGAUGACGAGGAUGCUCCAGGAGGGACGAAUGACGAUGCUGAGCCAGCUGUGUUGGAGGAUGACGUUGAGCCAGCUGUCUUGGAGGAUGGAGUUUAUGACUUUUUUACAGUUGGUAGCUUUUUUGUUUUACUGUUAUAAAGGACAACCCGGACAUCUUCAUUUACAUACUUUCAGUGUUACGCCCUCAAGUCCUCGUUGGUAUUUUAUUUCGAAGAUCAAAUAACUUUGCGAAUGUUCUUCGACAAACGCUGCCCUUUCCCUUCCUCUAACCCAGCGACGACCCGAACGCACCAAAUAUGCUCUUACUCGAGGAUGGUACCCAACGACCGGUAACUGGGGAGAUGGUGAAGGAUUUCUAUCAGAUGAUGCUAGACGACAUGUUCGCAGAUCAAACCAGCGAAGACAGCGGGGCUCCGCUCUUGUCCUUAGGCUUGGGGGGACCAGCAAAAAAAAUGAUGAAAAUGUUAAGGCCUCCCCUGUAAUCCAUCUCCGGAAGCAUCUUGGAGACGUUUUCAAGGAGAAAGCGGGGCCAGGAUGGUCCUCAGGAUGGAUAAGGGUGCGCUCUAAAAAUGAAAGCGACUGGUCUUUUGAAAAACACUUCCUAUGGUGAUAAUCAUGGAGUUGAUGGUGGAGCAGACGCAGACGCAGUUCUACACUCUCAACAUGGAGCUGGGGAUAAAUCGCCGCUGGUUCUUGUAGGAGAUGCUGAUCCGUUUUCGUUAUUUGGUAGUGAUGGAGAUAAAAAGCAUGGAGGAAAGAAUCUUUUGCAAGAUCAAGAGGAUCAGGAUGAUUUCGAAUUUGAUGGAGGACUAGAUUUAGGUGUAGGCGAUUGUCUUGGUGAUGGCGAUCCUCCCCCUUUCGAACCAGAUAACGAUGUAGACAUGAUGCUUGGCCAUGAAGAAGAUGGGCUUCCUGGUGGAAGAGUUGACUCCGUGUUAGGAAAAGAGAGUAUGGACGCAGACGAACUUGGUGGUGGCGGUGAUGGUGAUGAUUCUGGACACAAUGCGAAGACACCAUCUUCAUGGACCAACAACAAGAGAACCAGUACUAGUAUUAAUGCUCUUGCUGUUGCUGCACCACAAGACGAGAUGAAGGUUGGGCCGAAGCACGUUGAAGAAAAUGAGAAACGUCGAGAAGAGCGACAACAGAUUGAAUUUUGUGAAGAAGGAGGCUUAGCACUAAGCCAACAGGCUGAAGUGUCAAUGGAGGAGGUGCGGUCUAGGGUGGCUAGAGCACUCGAUGCGGCUUUUGCUGAGGUUGAUUAUAAGCAGACCAAGGAUCAUGGAGGUGGAAUUGGCGAGGCCAGUGGUGAUGACAAGAAGAAGGCCAAGGCAGCUCGAGGUGAAACGAAGAAGGCAGCAACUCCAAGUCCUUAUGCUGUUGAGAUUGUGUAGUUGAGGUAGAGAAAAUCAUUCGAUCUUUAUCAUUGGUCGUGGUCAUUCAAUGUUUUUCAAUGCUAUUCGAAGUAGAUUACUCUGCAUCUGAUAAUUUUCGUCUCUAACCCACUUCCGAAGAAACACCCGCCUAUCCAAGUGUGCGUUUCGGCGAGGUCUAUCAAAAAGUGCUCGCUUUGGGAGCUUCGGAGUCGGGAACUUUGUCCGUUGCCAUGACAUUUUUGGGUUUGUUGAUGUUAUGCUAUUUCAUCUAGUGGCACCUGGUAGUUGUGUGUGUAUUUUUAAGACCUACUUGGAUACUAGAGACCACUCAUGCAGCUAUCGGGAUCCUAGAUCUAUUUAGAAUACUGUAGUUUGUUGAUGAAUUAUCAAAGUCAAUCGAUCUAUUUAGAAGGUACAGGGUAGCUGAAACAAGGCCUCUACAACGUUUGAAUGACGAAAAAAUAGAGGUUCCAUGACAUGACAUCUCCUAGGCUUUUCACGACUGCUGCAACUAUCACUCAUUCAAAGCAGCUCUUCUAAUCCCUCUCGUAACGGGUACAGGAGCUUUGAUUCUUCAGAACGAGGACACGCGUCAAAAAGAUGAACUUGAGGCGACCGAAGCGACGAAAAACCAAACAACAACCACGACUACUACCACAGCAAACACUACGACGACUUCAACUUUGACAAACGGCAAAAAGAAUGAUGUGGUCAUUUAUCAACAAGUGCCAGGUAGUGUUGCGGAUAUGCUAAAGGAAGUUGCGAUUGAGAAGUGGGGAUGAAAUUAUCUGAUAGAAGGAUACCUACUGGGUGGUGAAUCUCAAGAAUUUAAGAUGAAUAUCAUUAACAGGAGGUAUUUAGGGAUUUUGAUUUAGAACGUGGACAGGCAGGAGAUGUAAGCGUUGAUCAUUCUUCCGAGAAGGGAACAACAAACAAGGAACAAAAAUUCAAUAAGGUUUUUUAUGUAGAGGUUGCUUGAGAAUAUCACGAAGUAGUAAAGUUUUGAGUAAACCGUAACCAUCAUCAGAUGAUACAAGUUUCUCUUGAGUAGUUCUUCAAACGGUUCUGCACAUAAUAAGGCUACGACAUUGACAUGCUCGUAGUGGACAGGCUUUCUCCUUCCUUACCUGGGGUUUUGAAUAAUACUAGAAAUUUUUUGAAUGCGGCCUCCCCUAGCUAACAAGUAAAAUAACGGUCCCUGUGUACUGUCAUAACUUUUUUGCACAACGCAUAGAUAAAGAUACACAACUCAAGAAGUCACAUACAACAUAGAUUACAACAAGUAGCAGUUAUGUAGUUGCAAGAUUUUGGAUAAGGAAGUUAUUUUCCAAGAUUUUAGACCACACGGAUAUUUUUUACGCACACGAUCUAGUCUGUCACAGUACAUUUAGUGUUUCUAUUUUUGCAUGGGCGGCGAAGAAUAAGAAAGUAGUUCUAGCUACACAUUGUGCAGAAAUAUUUGUUUUUCCUGUCAUGCACAGUUUCAGAAGAGAGAUCUGCCGCGUGCAAGCAUCAUGAGUAGACGAUUUGUAAGAUGGAGGUUUUAUCGUUGAUUUAUGGAUCAGUGAUAAUGAGGCUGUCGCACAUAGCGUCCAGUGAGGCAGCCGGUGGAGGUUUAGAUAAGACUCUUAACCCGCCUCCUUUACCCCUCGGGUUCAUCAUUUUAUAAUCGGCAGGAUCGUAGGCAAUUAGUGCGCAGUAAUAUAAGGAGGUGAUCGGACUCCUCCUGCCGCCGGUUUGCGAACUGGUUAAAACUAGGAUCACCCAUACAAAAAAAAACCAGGCCAAAAAGCGACACCCACUGAAAUCUGACAUCUAUGCGUGAAGGUUUCUACUGUUGGAAGACUUCGUCAUCUCCAAAAAUUGUUCAUCUUCUUACUUGGAAUCUAAAACAAAAACAGGGUACGUCGAUCAGCAGGACUUGCGAAAAGAUGUGCCCCAAUACAAACUAGUAUUAUAAACAAGAUCGUUUAAGAACUCUAAGUUUAAUUUGGUAUAGAUACAAAGCUGCAUAUGGAAUUGGAAAGUCAAAAAAAAAUUGGAAAUUUUCCCUCAUUUUACUCCCUUCACCCAAUGCAAAGCAGAGCAAUAUCGUUCCU